AGACGCCUCAGAGCUCGCCGCCCACCGAGUGUGCAGCCGAAGGCGACGCGCGACGGGCGAGGACGGAGAACGGCCUCGGGUGUGCGGCCGGCCGUCGGAAAAUCUCGAAGGGCCGGGAGGAGUCCGGCAGGUGAUUUUGGGGGGCACAGAAACGUUCUUUGAAGAACUUUGUACAGUGUUGAAGGAUGGCAGAAGCAGUGUUGAUAGAUCUCUUUGGUUUGAAAUUAAACUCUCAGAAAAACUGUCAUCAGACAUUACUAAAGACAUUGAAUGCUGUCCAAUACCACCAUGGUGCCAAGGCCAAGUUCCUUUGCAUAAUGUGUUGCAGUAACAUCAGCUGUGACCAUGAUAAUUGUGAAUUAGAAACAAGCAAUGGAUUAUCUGCUUUCCUGAGAGAAUUUGAGACUGUUAGCAAUCCCAGCAUGGCUGCCUCAUUGUAUACUAUUAAACAAAAAAUUGAUGAAAAAAAUUUGAGCAGCAUUAAGGUAAUUGUGCCUGUGCACCGGAAGACAUUAAUGAAGGCUUUUAUUGGUCAACUCUUCACUGAUGUUUACAGUUUUGAGUUUGAAGAUUUACAGAUGACUUUGAAGGGAGGUCUUUUGAAACAGCCUACUGAAAUAAACAUAAUCACAGCUCAAGAACUAGAAGCAAUCCAGAAUGAAAUAGAAACAUAUUUGAGAAGUUUGCCAGCCCUGAAAGGAGAAUUAACCAUUAUCACAUCUCCUUUGAUCCCAGAUAUUUUCAUACAUGGCUUUACUACAAGAACAGGUGGGAUAUCUUACAUACCAACUCUUAGCUCAUUCAAUCUCUUCAGUAGUUCCAAACGGAGAGAUCCCAAGGCUGUUGUUCAAGAAAAUCUGCGUAGGCUGGGGAAUGCAGCAGGAUUUAAUGUGAAGAAAUUUUACCGAGUAAAGAUUGAUCAUGCCAAUGAUGUCUGGAUUAUGGGAAGGAAGGAGCCUGAAUCUUACGACGGAAUCACCACAAAUCAAAGAGGAGUCACAAUAGCGGCUCUUGGUGCUGACUGUAUACCGAUAGUUUUUGCCGAUCCUGUCAAAAAAGCAUGUGGGGUUGCUCACUCUGGUUGGAGAGGUACUUUGUUAGGUGUUGCUAUGGCUACAGUGAAUGCUAUGAUAGCAGAAUACGGCUGUAGUUUGGAAGACAUUAUUGUUGUACUGGGGCCUUCAGUAGGACCUUGCUGUUUUACUCUUCCAAGGGAAUCAGCAAAGGCAUUUCAUAAUCUUGAUCCCAGAUGUGUACGGCUCUUUGGCUCACCAAAUCCCUAUGUUGACAUCCGUAAAGCCACGAGGAUUCUUCUAGAACAGGGAGGAAUUCUACCACAGAAUAUUCAGGACCAGAACCAAGAUCUCAGCCUCUGUACCUCCUGUCAUCCUGACAAGUUUUUCUCCCAUGUCCGAGAUGGCCUUAACUUUGGUACACAGAUUGGCUUCAUAUCAAUUAGAGAAUGAGAUACUUGACUGGAUUUUUGCAUAACUAUUUCCUGCUUCCUUCCAAACCAACUGUAAGAGAGAAAUUUAGCUGUUUGAUAUACUUAAAACAAAAAGGAUUAUAAUGAAUAAUUCAUCUUUCAGAUAUAUUUUCAUUAUCAUCCAAUGCCAAAUGAUUUCAUUGAUUCUAACAAUAACUGACACAAAAUCAAGAUGAUGUAUUGGGUUGGCCAAAAGCUUUGCUCAGUUAAUGAAUACGUUGUUCAAUAAUGUUCUUGGUGAAAAUGAAAAAUGUGUCCUUUAUUUUUACUUAAACCCAAAUGAACUUCUUGGCCAACCCAAUUGUUUAUAUGUUACACAGAUAAGGAUUAUUCUUAAAGUUUGUACUCUGUAUUUGUUACGUAAAUCAGGAAUAGGUCUAUUCAGUUUAGUAUUUAUUGGGUAGCCUCUAUUUGUCAAGUAUUGUUUGAAUCAUAGGUGAAAUCAAGAUGAGUAAUACUUUUUCCCUUUGAGUCUAAUGCAGUGGAAGAGAUAAACACUUCUAACACUUUAAUUUUAAUAGCCGAAGAGUACAGGAGAAGGGAGGAUUAAUUCUAUGUGGAAGGCAGAAUAGAGAAGGUAUUACAGAGGAAAUGACUUACCACAUGCGCCCGAAAGAUGUAUAGGCUUUUGACAAAUAAAGAACAACCAUAACAGGUAGAGGGAAUACCGUAAAGUAGGGCAUGAAACUGUACAUGUAUAAUAUGUUCUGGAAAGAGAAGGGUGUGGGCAGGAGUUACGGGAAAAACAGGUUAGAAACAGAUUAGUUUGGGUCUCGAAUGCCGUGUCAGAGAGUUUGGAGUUUAUUUUCCAGGCAAAGAGUAGGCAUAGAAAGCAGGAGAGUGUUUUUAUGUCCUUGGCAUUAUAUUUAACAGGAUGGAUUUAACUUGUGAGAGACUAAAGCAGAGAGAUUAGUUAAGAGGCAGUCACGAUACUUUUAAAAAGAAAUAAUGAAACCUGAAUGCAGUGGAAAUUAAAACAGAGGCAAGAGUAGAUGAAUUAGCGAGACAUUUCAGAGAUGGAAUCUGCAGAUCCUGUUCCUAGAUCAUGGAGGUAAGAGGUGAGGAAGAGUGGAGAAGUCCCUGAUGCCUCCACAAUCUCUGCUUGGCUGACUACCUAGAGUGGCAGCAAAGAUGGGGAGGAGGUUUGGGGCAAGGGGGAGGGAUGAUGAGAUUGGCACACAGACUGAAGUACAUCCAGAUGGAAAUAUGUGGUCAACAAUUAGAAAUAGAGACCAGGAACCUGGGAGGGAGUCACAAAAAAGACAGCAGUUUGGGAGUUGGCUAUGCAGAGGCAAUGCCCGAGUCUGCUGGAAUAGGCUGUAUCAUCUCCGUAGAAACAUAGGGUGAGAAAAAAGGAGGUCCAAGGAUGAAACCUCAUGCAACACUUGCAUUUGGAGAGCCAGAAGCUGAACCAGUCAAAAAGAUUAAUCCUGGAAGAAAAAACAUAUAUAGUCAUUUUGGAGAAAGAAGCCAGCAUAGAUAUGAGAGGUACUCAAAAAGAAAUCUUCAGGGAGUUCCCUGGUUGCCUAGUGGUUAGGAUUUGGCGCUUUCACUAUGGAGGCCCGGGUUUGAUCCCUGGUCAGCAUCCUGCUUGCCGUGCAGCAUGGCCAAAAUACAAAAAUAAGUAAGUAAAGUAAGUAAGUAAAAAAAAAAAAAAAAAAAGAAAUCUUCAGAGAGAAAAUAAAAUGAGAAGAAACCAAUGGAUUAACCAUGUUGAGCUGUUCUAUAGGUCAUGGUGGUGGAGUCAGAUUUCAGUUCUUUGAGGAAGAGGAUGCACCAGUGUCAACCCUUCUUCGCUAGUAUUUAUUGGAGAAAAUAAAGCACCGAGGGCUGUAUUUUGAAGCAUUGGGUGUGUGUGUGUAUAUAUAUAUAUAUUUGGGAGGGGGGAUGAGUAGUCUUAAGUGUAUUUGUAGGCUGAAGAAAGGAGUUAGGCUGUUUUCACUUGGGAAAAAUGGUAUGUAUGGUACAUAUUUUUAAUGUGAAUUGUCACAUUAUACCUUAAAAAGAUUUCUUAUUUCAUACAUAUAUUUCUUACCUGAAUAUGCAGAAAAUUACACUUGUUUGGUACUUAUAAAGGACUUUCAAGUCCAUUACCUCAUUUUACCUUUACAGGUACCCUGAAGUACAUGUCAGAUGCUAUUCCUUUUAUUCAGAUGAGAAAACUGAGCCUUGUUGAGGUAGAGGCUAAAAUCACAUAAUUUGUGAUAAAGUAAGAUUUGAACCCACAUCUUGUGACUCCAAAUAUCAUUUCAGAUUAUACAGUUAAUCAGAGCUAUCUAAAUUAAAUGUUUACAACUUUUUGUUAAUAUCACGUAUCCAUCCACCCAGUCAAAAUUUUGGUGAGGUGCUAGGGUAGGUUAAAAAUUAUAGUUAUGGCCCUCAAGAUAUUUAAUAUCCAGUGAAAGGUGACAUUCAAUAAAGCAACAAUUUUAAUACUGUGAUAUGUGUUGUAAGGUUGUUUAAUUCUUUUAUGUAACUCAUAGCUCAGUGUGAAAUUUAUAUAAAAUACCUCAUUUCUUCCAAUUUAGGGAAGGCAUUAAAUACAGAUCAUGGGACAAAUUCAUGCAAUCAAACUCGUGUAAAAUACUCUUGUUUCAUGACAACAAUAAGAUUAAGGAAUAAUUCCAUUGAGAAAGAUGGAUAAUUUUCCAGUUCUUCACUGUAUAUUAUUUUGUUGAAUGCAGAGUAUUAGGCAGCCAUGUUUUACUUUAUGUACCAAAAUACUCCAAAACCAAAUAAAAAUUGUUUGAUUAUCUA